CCAAAUAGCCAAAAUGUCUCCUGCAGUACCGAGGCCAGUUCCAGCCUUGAACUUGGCAGUGCUGAAGGGCACGCCAAGAAGGCGGGUCAACACAAAGACGAACUGGCCAACGAGGAUCCGACCGACCGCCUGGACUCCUUUACGUGGUCACUCUAAAAGUGGCUUUCUCCGACGACUCGUCCUGUUCACUCUUUGGCGACGAUAG